UAUACGUGUUCGCGAUACGUUCGUCACAUUCGUUCUGUUUCUUUCUCUAUUUUCAUUCUCUAUCAGUUUACAUACGUCUCUUUCUUCCCCUUUUCCUUUUCUUCGUUCGUCUGUCGUACUGCUCCCUCUGGUAGUUUUCUCUCUCUUAAACGCCUCGUUCCUACUCUUUCUCCUUCGCUUCGACGUCGUCUCGUGGGGUCAGUGCCUGCUCGAUCGGAUCCUGAGCAGGAACACACCGGAGGUGGAGGACGAUCUCCCUCGUUACGAGACUCCGAACCACACACGCGCGCCACGCACUUCGACACGAAACAGAGAGAAAAUAAAAUCUACUUCCUUCUCGCGAAGGGAUUCCUCCUUGACCCCGUGGAAACUGUACUAGUGAGAUCGGGAAAAAGCGCGGAUCAUGAGGCGGACUGCCCACGCGACUUGGAACGUCGACGAAGAGGUGAAAAAUAUCCCGUUCGAAGAAUACGACGGUUGUUGACGUUUUUACCAACGAUUGUCAAAUCGUUCGGGACACACCAUGGCCUUCGAUUCCACGGAAAAGAAAAUUCUAUGCGUCGUCUGAGCAAUUUUUCAUCGUACAAGAAGAGUAUUAGUUCCUCGAACUCUUCGGUCGUUUUUAAAGUUUUUUCGAGUGGCGAAUAAAGAACGAGAAGAGGAGCCGAGAACGAAGGACGACGAGUGAGCACAAAGGGAAGAAAACGGGAAGGAAGGGUUUUGCCAAUUACUGCAGCUCUGGAAUAAGAAUGGACCAUGAGGGAGCGCAGAGCGAGCUGGUAGUAGACGAGCGGUCGUCCUCUCGGCUGGUGCCUCGACGGUCAUCGACGGGAUCCUGCAACGUUCAAUCAUUCACCCUGCAGGUGUUGCGCACGGCAGGUACGAGGUCGACAGGUGCAAUAAUCGGGGGUGACCCGGUUGUUGCCGCCGGGGCGGCGAUGCGACGAUGAGCUCGCCGAGGAUACUGCUAUCCCUCUACACCCGACCAGAGCCCCGAGUAGUAGCAAGGCCGGGUCGCCUCGCAAGCUGUCACAAGGUCGUGUACAGAGGUGCGGAAGCCGGUUCAAGGCCGAAAUUAGUUGCUUGGCCAUGGACCUCGAGGCGAGGAAUGGGACUGGUGGCAACGACGAGGAAUACACGAAUAUUUACUUCAUCGUUGGCGGUCGCAGGGAGAAGGCCACCUACAAAGCGGAUCAGGUCACGGACAUGGAGCUUAAGGAACUGUUUAGAAAUGCUGCAGAGGCUGGACCUCUGGACAUUUUGAAGCUUCGCAAAGGGGAUAAACUGUUGAAGAUUUCGACCAGUUUGCCGGCGAACACACCAGACUCACCCUAUGUUCUUCAGAUUGUCGGCUCGCAUCCGGCCUCCUCGGGAGUGAUCGAGGCGGAAGUGCUGUGGGCUCUCGAGAGACGCGUGGCGGCCUUGGAAAGGCAACUUCGAGAGCAUCAAGAAGCUCUGUACGCGUCACCAUCGUUCGCUCUUCGUGAACUGAAGCGGCAAGUGGACAGUUUCAAGAACAAGUUGGAGAACAACGAUCAGCUUAGUUGGCUGAGUUUCUACAAACAGCUCCCGGAGCCGAUCUACGCGGAUUCCUGUCGCAGAUUGCAGUAUCGUCGGAAGAGCGACAGCAUGAAGCGGAAGGUGCGGGAAAAGUUCCUCAAUAUCUGCGACGUAUCAGUGUCGUCUAACGUUCGAGAGUGGCUACGCUCGCCAGCUUUCGAUGCACGACAGUGGGAGGACGAAGAACUCCUGUUGAUGCUGCAGACGAUGUUCGUCGAGCUGGACCUACCUCAAAAGUUUAACAUUCCUUUACCAAUCCUGAGGAACUUCCUCUACGAAGUUUACAACAACUAUAACGAAGUGCCGUUUCAUAACUUCAGGCACUGCUUUUGCGUGGCGCAAAUGAUGUACGCGAUAGCCUGGGCAGUAAAUCUACCGUCACGGAUCGGUAAUCUCGAGGUUUUCAUAUUGAUCGUCUCCUGUAUCUGCCACGAUUUAGAUCAUCCUGGAUAUAAUAACAUCUAUCAAAUCAAUGCUCGUACCGAGUUGGCUUUGCGUUACAACGACAUUUCGCCCCUGGAGAAUCAUCAUUGCUCCGUGGCGUUUCGGGUUCUAGAAGCGCCCGAGUGCAAUAUACUCGCCUCUUUGGACAAUACCACGUAUCGAAUCGUACGCGAAGGAAUCAUCAGAUGUAUUCUUGCGACAGACAUGGCCAGGCAUAACGAAAUCCUUGGACAAUUCACCGACAUCGUACCGGAGUUCGAUUACUCCAACAAGGCUCACAUCAAUCUGUUGUCGAUGAUCCUCAUUAAAGUAGCAGACAUCAGCAACGAGGCCCGACCGAUGGAGGUCGCGGAACCGUGGCUGGACAGGUUGCUUCAGGAAUUCUUCAAACAGAGCGACGCAGAGAAGCUCGAAGGACUUCCUGUGACACCGUUUAUGGAUCGUGACAAAGUAACGAAACCUUCGUCCCAAGUCAGUUUCAUCGGGCUCGUUCUACUUCCUCUUUUUGAGGCCCUCGGGGAACUAUUACCAGAGCUGCAGAGCCUGAUAGUUCAGCCAGUGAGGGAGGCAUUGGAAUACUACCGUAGAUUGAACGAAGCGGCAAAGGACGAGCGUCACCACAGAAAAAGCGUGGCCGACCUAGGUGAAUCGGCGCUGAUGACCACAACUUCCGGUGGCAAUGGUUCAUCCACGGUCGUGAAAUCCACCUCGUCGCACAGUAUGCGCUCGAAGCGAUCCGCUGGAACGAUUCAUUCGCGAUCGCGAUCCACCGACGAAGACAUCACGGAGAACCUGAUCGGGGAGGAUGCGGAGAACCACGAGAGCUCGGAUGCGGAGACAGCGACUGAGGUGGAAAUCAGCGAGAAGACGUUGAAGUUCAAGAUCUCGACGGAGGGCACGAUAGCCGGCCCGCCAACAGGUAGGAAAAGCUACCCGGGUAGCCGGAAGGGUAGUCGUGAAAAAUCUUCACUGGAUUAUCAUAAUCACGACCUGGCCAGGGCUGUCAGAGAGCACGAAAGGAGACGCAGCAAGGGAGAGAAUCUUGCCAGUGAUCUAAGUUCACCGGUGAGUUCGAGAUCGGCUGAAGAGACUAGGAUGAUUCUGGAGGAGCUGGAGAGAGACGACAUGGCCCUGUUGGACAUGAAAUUGAACGAACGAAAGCUAGUCGAGGGAAACGGUAACGUGGUAGUGGUGGACACGCAGCCUAGGAACAAUCUGAAGAAGACGAGUAGUUUAACGGAGAACGAUCAGGAGGUCAGAUCUAGUCGCAAAGAGGUUCAGAGGGAAUCGGUCGGACUCCGUUGCUGCUGCGACGAUAAAACUGGAUCCAACAAUCACAAGUCGAUCUUAUCUAGAUUAAGGAACUUCACGGAUCGUCUGAGCAUCAGCUUCGAUUCGAAAGAGCCGCCCACGCAGAAGCCCACCAAGCAUGUCGCGAAGACGUUGAACAAAAGCAACUCGGUGAGCAACCCGGCUACGGCCACCACAUCUUCUAGACAUAACAAUUCGCUAUCGGUUUGCAAACGAUGCAACCUGAUGAAACCGUCUGUCAAGGAGACUAAAGCUAUAGCCACGGUAGUGGAGCUGUCCUCGGUGGACAAGCGUGCGAUGACUCUGCCAAAAGUAAGGAAAUCCACCGACUGCAAGAACAAAAGCUGGAGAACGGUGUUCGCCAAAGAGAAGAGGUCGUCCACCUCGCUGGAAGCUCUUCCAGGUGCGUUGUGCGAAACCGCUUUGUCGCAACACAGACGGAAUUUCUCGAACCCGGAAGGUAAAUCGCAGAGUUUGAAGGAGGUGAAGGAUCAACCGAGUUUGGACAUCGAGUUCGUGGAAAUAGAUGUGCGCGCGAAGAAUCAGAAGCCCGAGAUCAUUGUGAAGGAGACGAAAGCGUCCAGGGAGAGCGUGCACGAAGAUAUAGGCAAGGUAGAGAUCAGAAGAAGCUCGGCGAGCAUGGAGGACAUCUCGAAGAUGGCGAAGCAGACGGAGAGCGUGAUGCUCGGUUCGUUGGAGCCAAAGAAGACAGAGGAGCGUGCUCACACGGGUAGCCUCGACUCGAUGCUAUGCAAAGACUCGACGAAGACCCAGAAGAAACCCGUGUUCUCCUCGCCAGCCACGUCCAAGAAGGCUUCUCCGGGUCUGCUAUCGCGAUUCAAGUCCGGCAUGAGCAUCGACAGCACCAGGAGCAACAGCAACAGCGACUCUUUGCAUGACCAAACCUCCCAAUCUCCGAGCGGUUGGAUCUCCUCGUUGACGGCGAGCUUCAGACCCAAGAGACAAGUGUCAGAGACUCCGUUGUCCUCGCAUCCCCCGCGUUCACCGAGUCGGGAGGAGAUCAAGUGAUACGGCCUAGCGGCCGAGGACUCUUCCGAGAAACAGUUGUCAGGGCUGAACAAGUGGCUGGCCGAGAAUUUCUUGUGUUGCAGCGGUUGAAACGGUUACAAUCGUUUCGUUCGUCGAUCCUCGAGCGGGCUGACCGCUUUCUCGCGAGGCGAAUCGAUGAUCGAAGAAGGGAGACGGAGCCAAAGAUCGUUUGACGAAGGCUGAAAGUAACAGUGAUCGAAGUAUCGUUCUCGCGACCGGGGGAACCUGGCAAGCUAGUCCGAGGAUGAAGAAAGUCGAGUGACGCGUUUCGUGUACUCUCGACUGGCUAGACUUGGUCAACGAUGUUCUCAGACCAAGAUCAUCGAUCGAAAACGUUAUUCAGCUCGAUCCAGCGCGAUAAAUGUUCUUGGUAAAGACAUUUCUGACGAGACUUUCCGGUUGAACGGGACGACGAUCGAUCGAGCUUCACGAGAUCGUGACGAUCCUCUGUUCGAGCAGCAUUUGUCUGCGUACGACUCGAGGAAAAUUUUUCUUUUUUUCUUUUUUUUUUUUUAUUAGAAUCUUGAGAAAAUUUGAUCGUUUUUCUGGACCACGUGUAUUCGGAUACCGAUCGAACGCGAUCGUGCACCGCCAUAUCGAGAAGCUUCCUCUUCGAUGAAAGGGCAGAUGACGUUCGCGCAAUGUGUCUGUUCUGUCGCGUCGAAGACACUAGUAGUAUCUGACGAAAGGGAGAAUUGAAAGGGAAAGUCUCUCGACUAUUUGAAAUAAACUCAAAAUGAAAAAAAAAAAAAAUUAUGUCUUAUAGCACGUGCGUGUAGUAUGUCGAUUAGCUGUUUCCAAAUGUAGCCAGAAGAUGUGUGAGUGUAAUUAACGUUCGCAUCGAAGCCAAACUGUCGAACAGGUGGCAAAUACCAAAUAUAUGUAUAUUGCUCCUAAUUAACGAUCUCCGUUCCGAGAGUAGUGUGAAUGAACGAGUGAAAGGGAGACUGCGCGAAAGAGAGAUGUGGUUUAAAAAAAAAAAUUAAUAAAUAAAUUGUGAACAAUGAGAUUUAUGAAUGUUCAGAUUAUACGUUUCGACGAGUGUCAAGUGAAAGAUGAAAAAAAAAAAAAUUACAAAGGAUGAACAAAUAGAAAAGUAUAUGAACGAGAAAGAGAAGAGAGAUUUAGAUGGACGGCCUGAAAGAAUAGAGGAACAGAAGACACGGUAUAUAGACUAUUUUAUUUAUUGUCCAAUUAAAAGAAUAGCCUAAUGAAUAAUCCUUAAUGUUGUUCGUUAUUAUACAUACAUACAUAUAUAUAUACAUACAAGAAAUAUAUAUAUAAAUAUAUGCAAGACGCAAUGUAUACAAAGAGGUGAAAAAAAAGAGUAUGCAACUCCCAUUGAGACGAGAGUACAUGAAUAUAUAAUUGAAAGAAGAUCGUACGAGAAAGAAAAGAGCAGAAAACAAAACUAUAUGAUAGAGAAGCAGGCGCUGAUAGAAAAUGAACGAAUCUAGGCGAACGUGUCGUGUCGAAUAACUACGGUUGAAAGUUAAUUUCUCAUCAAUGAUCUCCCCUAAUUAAAAAAAAAAUAAAUAAAUCAAAGGAACAGGGAAAAGUAAAUGAACAAUUCUCGCGUACGCGUCGCGAAGAAAGGGAUGAAAUGGUUUUUUGAAACGCAACGACUCGCACAGUAAAUGAUUUUGUUGAUCUGUCAGAAAUUUAGAUGAAUAUUAAAUAAACGGUGUUUCCUCGUGAGAAGGUGUCUUCCUCUGAUUCAAAGGCUGCAAAUGGAUAAUCAAUCGAACGACGUAGGGACGAACAAAAUGAUCCUAAAUCACUUUAAAAUAUUUCAUUUCUCGGUGAUUUUCGUUUUAAUUUAUUAGACAAUCGGGGGGAAUAGAUAAUUGAAAUGAUUUUUGUUACCUUUGGCUAACAAUAAGGGUAGAAAUAGAAGGAAACUUUUUGGUCCUUAUGCGCGAAAAACAAGGACGAAUAAGUACACUGGCGAUUAAAUCAGCUUUCCGCAGGGAAAAUAGGGAUAUAGGAAAUUUUCAAAAUUCCAAUUUUGACGAUAUUAAUGAUAAUUAAUAAUUUGAAAAGAAAUAAUAAUAUUUUGACUUAUUAUAUAUCACAAAAUUUAGUAUAUAACUGAAGAGUACGAAUAACGAGAUAAAUAUUCAAAUUUUCCCGCGUAAAAAUCUUCGUACGUAAGUGGUGGGUCGCCAUAGAUCCUUAUAUACGCGGCUUCCUCCCCUCCAUCGUCAUUCUCCUCGGGACCACCAAAGGGGAAAGAUGGGAGCCUGGAUUCUUGAUCUAAUCGCGAGUGUACUGUCAUCACUUUACAUUAAUUAUCUUAAUUAGCAUUUUGAAACAUUCAAGGAAAAUGAUUAAACAACCCCGUAAACAGUUAGGGUAAAUAAAUUAAAUUAUUUCCAACCCCCUACAAAGCACCUAAGACAUUUUAACUUUUAUUAAAAUGUUAAAGACAUAUCAUGCUCGAAAUGUUUUAAAAUAUCAAAAUAUCGAAAUUUUAAUUCGUUCGCUAAAUUUUUAAUGGAUCGACAAAUCUGUCCACGGCCUUGGAACGUGUGUGUUAGCCUAACGUAUAAUACCCUUCGCGAUUAGUUGGUCCAUCCUCGACACACAAUCAGUUCUCUGCGUAACGGCGUCUCGCUUUUUCAUUUUUUAGAUGUUUAUAUUUUUAUACUCCACCAGCAGUGUGUCUGUCCGGCGAUUAUGCGCCGCAUGUAUUGUUGAAGUCUAGUCUUACGUUAUCACCUUUAUCGGCCCAAAAACAGAUUUUUUUUGUAAUUUUUUGGCCGAUUUCUUCGGUUUCUAUGGCGAUCGUAUAGCGGGAAGAAACAUCCAGCGUCCGCGCGAGCUGCCCUUUGCAUUCCGUGUAAUGCUCGUUCAAUGUUUUAGAAAAAUGUGCUUUUUAUUGAAAUUUUCAAGGAAUAUUUGUUAACGAGAAGAUACUGUGUCGUAUUCGUGAGAAUUCCUAGUCGGUUCUUGAAUCGGGUUCACCUUACAGUCUACUUUGAAAUUUGUAAGAUUAUUGCUUGUUCGUUUGUCUUGAUUUUAACGUAAUCAAUUCGAUUAAACUCUUGACUGAGUUAUUUUUAGCCAUCAUUUAUCAUUAUUUGUAAAUGACACAUAUCAAUAUGACGUAUUUUUCUCUUAAUUAAUGUGGGAAAAUUAUAAUCUUAAUUAUUAUUAAAGGAGGAACUCAUUUUCAGUAGAUUCAUUAUUAAAUUCCACGUAUCUUUUACUCGAAUGUUGAAUUUAAAUAUCAUUGAGGAAUAAAAUACAAAGUAUUUUGUUAUCCGUCCUCGAUAUAAAAAAUUUGUUUUUUCUCUUAAUAAAAUAUCUUCAUUAAAACCGUGGUCAAAUUUGAAGCUUCUUUCGAUCUCUAUUUUUAAUAACAUUGUUCAUUUAAUGAGUUCUUUGUCGUCAAUUUCUUCAUCAAAGGAACUCGAUUCUUUCAUUCGAUCAUUAUAAUUUACUGAUCUAUAAUUAGUGUUCUUAUCAAUCUCUUCCCAUGGCAUGUAGGAUUUGGACGUAUUUUUAUUGAUCUAUCCCGAGUGAAACAUUUAACCCUUUGAAGAAUUUUUAUAAACUUUGAAGGCUAUGGUAUCGAUGAAUGUAAGGGUGCGGAUAUAUGGGUGUGAUGUAACGUGUUACAUAUCGUGUAAUGUAACGUGAUUCGUUUGAAGUGUAUUGAACAUUCUUUCUAUCUGACGAUGAGAGGAAUGCAAGUGCACUGGAACUUUUAUUCGAAUUUUGUUUCUCCAAAAAUAUAUUGUUAAAUAUAGUCUUUGUUUUAUUUUAUACCAGUAUUCUUUACAAACUCAUUCUCAAAUUCUAUAGUUACAUAUUUUAAUAUUUCUGAAGAAUCAUUAUUUAAUGUUUUAAUGUUAUGUUUUAAUAUUACACCAGUAAUACUCCAUUCUUUUUAGUUACAGAACAUCUUUCGCAUUAAUAUAAAAUUUUUUACCCCUUUCCCUUGAAAUAUUAACACUUUUCUAAAUUUUUAUUUAAGUUUAUCGCGAAAUCCUUUUAUGGAAUAUAAAUUGAAAAUCCUUGGAUUAAAUAAAGGACGUUCUUAUACUAGGAAGAUUCUAUACUGCAUGGAUCAGCACUAGCUUCUGUCAUUUGUUAAAGAACUGUCACAUUACAUAAUACGUUACAUGUUACGUUACAUUUUAAAGUCCAUUCAUACCUACAGACAUUUUCAAUGAUAUAAGGUUGGCAAAUAAAUUUGCAUUCUUCGCAUUCCUUUUUAUUGAAGUGUUUAUUAACAAUUUUUAUUCAAAAUAAGCAUUGUUUUAAUUAAGGUCCACUUUUGUAAUACAUAUUAUUAAAUUUCUAAAAUGUUGAAAAUUUUCUAAGACAUUCGAUAAAAUAUGAUUUUUCAAUCCCCACUCGAAGGCCUCUCUUCACCCCUUUGUAGCCGAUGAUUGCAUUAAGGAAAAAUGUAUGACAAGUAUUUUUUACGAGUGCUCUCUCAUUGUAUUGAUAAAUGUAACAAUCUUUGUGAAUAUUACAUAUCUGACGUACUCAAUGUUUGUAAAUAUGAAUGGACCUUCAAGAAUCGCACUACAGAAAGUGAACUACGUUAAAUCUCAACGAACGAUGUAAUUUAAAUUAUUAAACUUCUCGGUGGUAGAAGUGAAAAAGUGUUCGAUUUUACCGUUUAGAAUUCUAUCAAAACCAUUCAAUCGAAUUAAAAUCAGACGCUUUUUCCAUUCGAUCACUCGCUCUCUGUGCCUGAA